AUGCACCACUUGCACCCGACCGCGGACCACAGCGACGAAGCGCCCUGCAGCGCAUCGGCUUGGGCGGACCCGGCAAGCCCGCGCGAGUCGCUGCACUCCGACUCGAGCCACGUUGGCAGCCCGAACACUGCUGCGGCGGCCGCCGGGACGCCCAGCAAGUGCGGAGGCCCAUCGGGGCUGCAGCGCGUUCGGAGACCGCUGAACGCCUUCAUCAUCUGGACCAAGGAGGAGCGGCGGCGACUGGCCCAACUCAACCCCGACCUGGAGAACACCGACCUCAGCAAGAUUCUCGGCAAGACGUGGAAGUCGAUGCCGCUCUCUGAGAAGCGUCCAUAUAUGCAGGAGGCGGAGCGUCUGCGCGUGCAACACACCAUCGACUACCCCGACUACAAGUAUCGCCCACGCCGCCGCAAGCAGGUGAAGAAGAGCCUCAAGAUGCCCGUCGCUGAACCCGCGUCGCCGCACCGUCCCCCCUCCGGCUUGGACCUGACCUACGACCUGGCCUGCCUGCUCCACAACCAGCAGCACCAACUCCACAGCUCCUUCCCGGCCACUUAUCCCGCUCGAGGCUACGCCACUGCUCCCUUUUUCCCGGAAGCUUUGCGGGAGCCCUACCCGAGCGAGCCUCACCUGCGUUUCGGGGGGCAGCGCCGAGCCGAGCAGGCCGAGUCUAGGUUCUUUGGUGGGCCCUCCCUGGACGUCUACCUGGAGCGGGUGCAGCUAGACACGCUGUACGAUCUGGACCGCAGCGAGUUCGAACAGUACCUGGGCCCGCCGGGGCCCCUUGGGUCUGAGGCGGAUCCUGGCUGCUAUCGCAGACAACGCUCGCUCACCUGAACAACACAAAAUAUUGCACGUUCAUUCAGGUCUGCACAGACAUCCUUUGUGGGAGGGGGAGGGCAGCUGCUCCACCCGUCACCAAAUUAUUCAGAUGUUAAAACUGUUCGCGUAACAAAAACUCUUGUUGGGUCACCUUUAGCCCUCGUCUUAAGGUUGUGAGAAAAAUAGUAGUAGAAAUAUUUAACUUGUGUUCUUUUGUGUUGAUACAAUCAACGCAGUCAAUUACCCUGUUGACGAGGUGAACGGAAGCUAGAGUGGAUCAAAAGUCUACACACCCCUGAUGAAAUGGGUUAGGGUACGGUUAGGGUCCAGCGAGGGCCACAAUUCUCAAGUAAAUAAAUAUGGUAUUUAAAAAAACUUUUUUUGUA